UUUGAACUUCCGGGUGUCAAAGCGUUGCAAAACAGACAACCUGGCAGUGAAAGAGGACAGUCACAGGAGGGAGAAUACAGCAGCGUCGGGAAAAUGAUGUUAUCAGAAGUCCUGAAGGUGCUGCGGGGGGCAGGCAAAGUGGGGUCUGCCCUGGUCACCACCCAGGGAGAGCAGCUCCGAUUAAUGGCCUGUAACUCCUCCGUGGGAGCUGGGGUCCAGGCUGCUCAGGGUGUGGUGGAGGGACUGGUGGGCACCUUCAUGGGCGGCAGCAGUGCGCAACAGACGAUAAAGGAGGAUGUGUUCCCCGAGGUGGAGGAAUGGGAGAAUAUGGACUCUGAUGAAGCAGCUAAAUGGGCCAUGGGGUCAGAGUUCCCUGAUGCUGCGGAGCAAAGCCAGACAGAAGCUGGAGCUGAAGCAGAGAUGCCAACAGGAGUUCCUCCCUCCCCAGGGGUAGGUCCUGCAGGGGCGGGCUGGCCGGGACAGAGCUCUCGCUUCCUCCACACGACCCCCGGCCUCUACCGCUACUACUACCACCAGACCAGGGCCGUCCAUGACACAGUGGUGGCCAGACUCACACCAGAGGACAUCAAGAAAGCCAGGGAGGCCAAGCAGGCCUUGGUCAAACCCGUCAGACAGAAGCUGAGUGACCGUGCCAAAGAGAGGAAGGUGCCUGCCACAAGAAUCAGCCGGCUGGUUAAUUUUGGAGGACUCGCUGUAGGACUCGGGAUUGGUACCCUUGCGGAAGUGGCAAAACAGUCUAUGGGAGGCAAACAGAAAGGAGAAGGUGCCAUCAUAAACUCUCCGCUCCUGUCAGACGCCAACGCUGAGAGAAUAGUCAACACGUUGUGCAAGGUCCGUGGGGCCGCACUCAAGAUCGGACAGAUGUUCAGCCUUCAAGACAACAACUUCAUCAGCCCCCAGCUGCAGAGGAUCUUUGAGAGAGUCCGGCAGAGUGCAGACUUCAUGCCUACCUGGCAGAUGACUAAAGUUCUUGAGGAGGAUCUGGGGCCUGGGUGGCGAGAUAAGCUAUCAUCCUUUGAAGACAAACCGUUUGCUGCAGCUUCCAUCGGACAGGUGCAUCAUGCGGUGUUAAAAGAUGGAAGAGAGAUCGCUAUGAAGAUCCAGUACCCUGGAGUGGCAGAGAGCAUCCACAGUGACAUAAACAACCUGCUAUCCGUCCUGAAAAUGAGCGUGGUCCUGCCAGAAGGUCUGUUUGCUGACAGCAGCUUAGAGGUUCUUCAGAGGGAGCUGGCAUGGGAGUGUGACUACAAGAGGGAAGCAGAGUGUGCCAAGCAGUUCAGGUCCAUGCUGGAGGGAAAUGGGUAUUUCCAAAUCCCUGAGGUGGUCGAUGAGCUGUCAGGCCGCAGGGUGCUGGCCAUGGAGCUGGUACAAGGAGUCCCACUGGACCGCUGCGUAGACCUGGACCAGGAGACCAGGAACCAGAUCUGUUUCAAGAUCCUCCAGCUGUGUCUCAGGGAGCUGUUUGAGUUCAGGUUCAUGCAGACAGAUCCAAACUGGGCCAACUUCUUCUACAACUCAGACACCAACAAGGUUGUUCUGUUGGACUUUGGAGCGUGCAGAGGCUACCCAGAAUCCUUCACAGAUGACUACAUACAGGUGGUGCACGCAGCCUCCGUGGGUGAUCGAGCCACAGUUCUUUCCAAAUCGAAGGACCUCAAAUUCCUGACAGGCUUCGAGACCAAGGCCUUCCAGGACGCCCACGUGGAGGCGGUGAUGAUCCUCGGUGAAGCCUUUGCGUCCGAGGAGCCCUUUGACUUCGGCACCCAGAGCACCACUCAGCGCAUCCAGAGCUUCAUCCCUAUCAUGCUGCGCCACCGCCUCACUCCGCCGCCCGAAGAGUCAUACUCCCUCCACCGCAAGAUGGCUGGCUCCUUCCUCAUCUGCUCCAAAUUGAAAGCAAAGAUAGCGUGCAAGGACAUGUUCCUGGAUGUGUACAACACGUACAACCAGAGGAAGCAGGAGCAGCAGGCAGCACAGGCCACUGCUUAGACGCUUAGGGACGCUCCCCAAAUACGCCAUGGACUUUUUCAGAGAGGGCUGUUACGUACAGGGACCAGCACUGGAAAUCAACUAUUUGGCUACCUGCCACUGUGGCUGGUGGAUUCCAAAAUCUACCAGCCACUCCAUAGUUUACCAUUGUUUUUGGUUGGUGAGAAAAGCAAAUUUAGCAGCCACUUACAUACUUAACCAGCAUUUGGCUGGAAGCUGAUGCUAAUUUCCAACCCUGAUAGGAACAGAAAGCAUGAAGCAGGGACACUAGAUCAGACAUCCUUAAGACUUUACACCAUGUCAACAUAUAACUGAAUAUGGGAACAUGCUCUAACGAGGACCAUAAGUGCUUGACUUUCUGUGCUUUUCUCCUCGAGUGCUUCAGUUUUCUGACAUCAGUGUAAGUGUAUAAUGAUUUGGGUGAUCCUGCUCUAACCUGUCACUCUGACUCAUGAAGGCUUAACUAACACUAUCACGUACAGACAUAAAUGCUUCAUAACUAUGACACGGAAUGUGAGUACUUUGGAAAUGAUGGAGAUAUUUGUGCCAUAACAAAUACCGGUAUAUGCUGAAGCCCAAAUGGUUAAAUAACUGAUGUGAUUAAAUCUGUAUAUUAAUUGAAGACAGGAAUAUGUAGUUAAUCUUGUGUGUUAGUGUGUGUUUGAUCACAUUGGCUUGAUGGUUACACCCCUCUGUCACAGCAAACACACUGCAAAAUGCUGGUGUAAAUGCAAGCUAGCUUUAUGUACAGUGUUCUCCUCCGACUGCUGUUAAUUUGUUUAUUCUGACUCCUGCUCACUUUCACAUCAAGGUUUACUAUAGCUCCAGAAAAAUGUGUAUAUUCUGUCUUAAAGGAUAACUUCGGUAUUUUUCAACCUGGGCCCUAUUUCCCCAUGUGUAUGUGUGCGUAUGAUUCAUAGGUACAGCUCGUUCUAAAAUUGGUUCAGUAUUGAGGGAGGCAGAUGCAGGUAGAUAUGGGGGCAAAUGCGUCCCGUAUAAGUUUGCGCAUUAAAAGUGCUUUUUUUUUGCCACUGACCGGUUCAGAUCGCCAGUGCUAUCUCUGUAAAUAGCAUACUAAGUGUUUCCCUUACCUCUGGGCUGUGUGACAUCAUCUCGUGAGAGCUUUGCUUGUUGCCAGAAGAAAACAGGGUACGAUAUAUACGAGGGCGAAGUAUGCAACAGUAAAUGUGCGUCUCGGAGACAAUUCUAGGUAUCAGUAUUACAUGCAUGAAGACAUAUUAGUUAUACUUACUUGAUGGAUAGUUGACCAUUUGGCCCCUGUGGUUUUGGCCCCUAUGGUUUACACAGCAUUUGGUAGUUUCUGUAUCAUCCCAGGACACAUCGAGACCAUGAAUAUUGGGCAGCAGGUCCCACUGGUUCCAACACAGACAUUCUUCCUCUGUGGGUAUGGAGUCACAGCAACCACAGGAGCACCACCAGUCUUUAGAGAUUUGCGUUCGUGCAGCCGCUGCUUCACCCUGAAGGAGCAGCUCCUCUGUUUUCUUCCAGCAACAAGCAAAGCUCUCACGAGAUGACGUCACACACAGCCCAGAGCAAGUGAAGGGUAAGGGAAACGCUUAGUAUGCUAUUUACAGAGAUAGCACUGGUGAUCUGAACCGGUCAGUGGCGAAAACAAGUACUUUUAAUGCACAAACUUAUAUGGGACGCAUUUGCCCCCGUUACCGUUUUAGCUUGUUUUGCAGCUGCUGGUUGCAUCCGCCUCUCUCAAUACUGAACCAAUUUUAGAACGAGUUGUACCUAUGAAUCAUACGCACAAAUACACAUGGGGAAAUAGGGCCCAGGCUGAAAAAUACCGUAGUUAUCCUUUAAGGGCACAUGAUAAGCCCUAUAUUUUGUAGUUGAUGCUGCUCAGUACUCUCUUGUCACAAGAACUUUGUGUGCCACCUGAUAAGGUGCUAAUUAAGUUUCAGAGUCUUGUUGAAUCCCAUUGAGUUAUGGCCUUGCAUUAUAAAGUAUAUUUGACUGAAAGGUCCAGUGUGUAGGAUUGAGUGGCAUUUAUUGUUUCUACGGUAGCCUGGAAUGGUUUACCAAACUUUGGCUCAUUCAUAUUUUCAUGUUUUCACAUCGACCACCACAGUUCUCUUAUAGCAGGCAUGUCCAAAGUUCCAAAGUCCAAUCUUGGCCCACAGACCAAUGUUGUUGUUCAAAAUAUACCAUAGGUGACCCACCACACAAUAUUAGUUUUUCAAGCAAGAUCACUUUGCAUUUUUUCCGCUCACCUCAAAGUGGCAGGAUGAUCAUACAGAUAGACAUGCACCAAGUAGGAGCUACACAGGCAGAACUGAUAACCUCUUUUACAUUGUCUUUCAAGACAGAAAUUUCAUAAUGCCUUUAAGUGGCAUUAGAGGUAGUAACAGCGUUGAAACAACUAGUUUAGUUUGGCUAAUUUUGGUCAUUUUCCAACUUAUAAAACUCAAAUAUACUGGUAGAUACACAAUAAAUAAACAUUACAUUAAUGCUUUUUUAGCAUUAAAAGCCUUAGCUUAUUACACCUACCCUUGUAACAUUCAUUGUUUUUGUCAGCUCCCUUUAAACUAUAAAAUGUCUGAAUGAACGGGAAAGACUGCAGGACGGGAGUGGCGCAGGCGUGAUGUUUUGAUAACAUGUUAUGCGUGUGACCCACUGUGGGAGAUUUAAAAAGUAGCUGAUAGCAGUUUGCAGCUAACUCAAAGAAGAAUAGUAGCUGAAAAUGUCCAUGAACAAUGAGGUCCGGGAGCUCCUUCCCCUCCGAGCAGAGGUCGAGAUUGGCUGCUAUUUAACAGAGAUGGUAAAUGAUUGUUAAUGCCAGUUAUUGUUUAUAAAGCGCUUCCAACGCAUCUUUAAAAUGUCACACUAGAGGCUGACGCUGUUGUGUGACAUCACGUCUGUCGCACCUCUUUGAUGCUGCUAUUGUUUGGUUCUGUGCAAAAAUGCAAAGGCAGCAUAAAGAAGGGAGUUCGUACCAGCCCUAGAACGCGAUCUCUGUGUUAAAAGAGCUGAUUCAUUUUCAUAAAAAGGGAGCAAACAAUCAAACAAACUGGUAUCUAAGAGCAGAAAUGUCCAAGCAGACAUGCUCACACAUGCAGCAGACAUGACCACAGCAAACAAGUGCGACGUUGACAGAGAGGGCCACUCCUUUCAGGAGCGGUGAAAAGUUGAAUUCUUUUUCAGUCAAAGAUGAAACAGUUGCUUUGUCUAAUUUGUGUGGGAUGUUUUUUAGUUGUAGCUGGCCCUGAGUAUUUUUACAUUAUCAAAUCUGGCCCCCACUCAAAAAAGUCUGGACCCACCCGACUCAUGCUUUGCAAACUCUACUCUAAAUCCUUCGCACUGGACCUUUAAAACUCCAUAAUGUGAAAACUGACUUUUUUUGUUUUAUUGCCUCUAUAUGACAGAGCUGUGUAACCUACAGGGCAGUCUGCUGUACAUUUUUUAAGGAAAUAAAGAUUUAUAUGUA